AUGCUGUACCGCAACCUGCUGCCACUGGCACUCUCUCUCGUGGCCCCCGCGCUCGCUCAGACGACGAAAUGCGUCAUUUCGCCCUCCACUGACGGGAAAUCGGACGCGGCCGCGAUCGCUGACGCCUUCACCCAGUGCGCUAGCAAUGCUGAAAUUGUUUUCCGUGAAGGCGUCGAGUACAAGGUGUACGAGCCGGUUGUCGCCUCCAAGCUGUCCAACGUCGUCAUCACCGUCAAUGGCAACCUUAGUUUGCCCGAGGACAUACCCACCGUACAGGCGCUCGUCUCCGCCAAGGGUGGCACGCUCACCUGGUUCCAAAUCGGCGGAACCAACGUUCAAUGGAUUGCCUCAACAGAUCCCCAUGCCGGAUGGAUCAAGUCCCACGGACAGGCCUGGUGGGAUGCCAACAAGCCCGGCGAGGCGGGCACGCCCAACCGCCCCCAUCUCAUGCAGUUCAGCGUCACCAACGGCGUGAUGAAGAACAUGAAGUCUCUCAAGCCCAUCGGCUGGAACUUUUCCAUCAAGGGCAAGAACAUCACCAUUUCGGACACCGUCAUCGACGCCCGCUCCAACAGCAGCAGCUUCCCCUUCAACACGGACGGCUUCGACGUCGGUGCCUCGGGCGUGACCAUCACCAACAGCAACAUCUUCAACGGUGACGACGCCAUCGCCAUCAACGACGGCGCCAACAACGUCCUCUUCAAGAACGCUACCAUCGGCUUCGAGACCCAUGGCAUGAGCGUCGGCUCGCUGGGCUCAAAGGUCUCGUCCGUGGCCAGCGUACAGAACAUCCGCUUCGAGGACGUCACGGUCCAGGGCGGCUUGUAUGCCGCGCGCUUCAAGAGCUGGAUCGGGGGACAGGGUUUGGCCAAGAACAUCACCUGGAGCAACAUCCGCCUCGACAACGUCACCUUCCCCAUCUUCGUCACCCAGACCUACUACAACCAGGCCAGUGCCGGCGGCGACAGGCCCAAUGACUCGUCCGUCAUGAUGGAGGACUUCACCUGGGAGGACUUCUCCGGUAGCAUCAACACCAACAACCCCGGCGAUGGAUCAUGCACCACGACCCCUUGCUGGUACGACGUUGGACUCCCAAAUCUCACCCACACGGAGGCUGUCAUCAUCGAGUGCAACACCCAGACGUCUUGCAAGAACUUCCAGACGACAGGCAUCAAGAUUCACCCCCAGGGCAGUGGCGUGUCCAAGCUCAUCUGCAUGAACGCGACGCCGACACUGAACCCCAGUCUCGGAUUCGCGUGCGCGAACGGCACAUUCGCUCCUACGCAAUGA